UUACAAACGAGCUGCGCGCCAAGUGGACAAAGCAAAAUUGAAAGCGGAACAACAACAAAUGAGUAAGCGAAGGCAAAAAGUUGACAGCUUUGUGGAAAUGAAGCGGCGUCAGUAGAAUUUAUUACUGUGUGCGACGGAUUUGCUUAUAGUGGUGAGAGUGCUGAAUAAAUUGUUAAUAAAAGUGGCAGAAAUAUACUAAAAAUAUAGAAAACAACAUUUUAAUGUAACUAUAAUAAUUAAAGAUCUAGCAGAAGAAUUAUACAAGAGUGUUUGAGAAGCAAACAGCGCGAUGAUCAACACACUGUUAGAGCAUGUUCCCAUAAAACUAGAAUCGCCGGAUAAUGGCGACGACGGAGACGCAGAAAACAAUGGCAAACAGAAAAACAAGAACGUGAAAACGAAUAUCGCCGUGGAGGAAGAGGGCAGCUCUGACAAUGAGGACGAUGACGAAGACUCUGACGAGGAUGACUCUGAAACGGAUCUGCUGGAGGAUGAGGAGGCACUGGUACCGAUAAGCAGCGAUGAAGAAGCUGAAUUGGAAGCACAGAGAAUACGGUUCCACGAAUUAAUUGGCAAAGGAUUGCAAUUACCAACGGAUUCGACUAUUAGCGCUCCGGGAAGUGGUAUUAAAGUGAAUACAGCGAAGAAACUUCGUGGUAGCAGUAUUUCUAGUUGUACGAGCGUUAGUAGUAAAACUUCCAUUGUUUCCUGCUCUUCUGCUUCUACCAUCAGCGACAGCAAGCUAGCAAAAUGCGCAGAAGUACCAAGGCAAAAACAAGAUGCAAAAAUAAAACAAACUGCUGCGAGUAAAAACGUAGAAAAGACAGAUAAAGCUGAAUCCGAAGUUGAACAAGAAGAUAAUGUUACGGCAAAUAAACGUUCAUGCAGAAAGCGUGCUUCCUCCACUUGCUCCGUGGCAUCGUCGCUAGUCACACCCUCCUGCCAAACGGAGUCCUGCGGCAAUAUAUACAUGUAUGAGAAACAAGAACAACUUAUUUUUAAUUGCAGCUUUUGUGACUUGCGAUAUGGAGACAUGUCGACAUUCGCAAAACAUUUGCACGAUGCACACAAACUGUUCCAGGAAGAGGAAGACAUCACAAUACCAACGCCGGCGCGUAAAAGUUCACGCAACAUAUCGAAUAAACAGCAACAGGCGGGAAAUAAAGCGCAGACGCAGGAUAAAGUGCUUAAAGUCAGAGUAAAACUGGAAGAUGAACUUUCCGAUGACGAUUUCAGUGUGCACUCAAUGUCACCUCUUCCUGAGGAUGCGAAGCUUGAGUCGUGCGGAAAUGUUUUUAUUUUAAAUGACAAAAAACUCUUUCUUAUAUGUGGCCAUUGUGAAUGCAAAUAUGCAACAUUGGUACUAUUCCAUAAACACUUGCGGCAACAACAUCAAUUAUUUACUGGUCCUGUUAAAGAAAUUGAUGUGUUGCCCAAGUGCGAGAUUAAGGUCGAGGUAUGCGAAGAAGUGGAACAGUUAACCAAAGUGAGUGCAGCAGCUAUUGAAAGCGAAAAGCAACGUAAAGCAAGCAUAGAAGCAAUGACUGACUCGCCGGUGAUGGUAGUAGUGCCAAUGGCGCAAAACUUAAAUAACAACGAUUUCUUAACCACGACUGUGUCAUUGCAAGUACCAGACACACCACCACCGGAUGAAGAGAAAGAAGUGAAUGAAAUAACGGAAAAGAGGGUUGUUGAUGAGAAUGAGGCGGUCAUCGAAACUAGUGUGGAUAAAGAAGCAAGCGAACAUUCUAAAGUGGAGGAACAAGUUAGCCAAAAACCUUCGAUAUGUGAAAUACCACCAUUGGCUGAGGAGCAUGCGCAGUUGCAAACCGAACAACAGGUGGAUGACAUUGAAACGUCAGCAACGACAAGUCCAGAAAAGCCAGAAGUAGAAAUUACAGUAGAAGAGAAACAUGCCGAGGUUGUCGCACAAAAGUCGUCACCGAAGCUUAAACGAAAGCGGAGAGCGGCAUUAUCAAACCGACCGCCGCCAAAGCGACGUGGAGAUGCAACAAAAGUCACAGUUUCAUUAGCAAACAACGAUGUCGAAGUUGCAAUCCUCCCCACUGUUGCAGCUCCAGAAGAGCAGGGUUUUUUAACGGAACAAAAAAUUGAUGACGCAGGUCUUUUAUCUUCUGAGGCAUUUUCAAAAGGACUGCCGCCAAAGCAUUGUGAAGGUCCAGCAAUAUUCAAAAUUUCAUUGCCAAACAACGAUGCGGAAACAGAAAUCGCAGACACUGCUGCAGCUCCAGAAAAGCAUAGUAUUUUAACGGAACAAAAAAUUGAGGACGCAGGAGUUUUAUCUGCUGAGGCAUGUGUAUCCGUAUUACCAAACAACGAAGCCGAAGUUGCAAUCCUUGACUCAUUUCAGGCAUUUUCAAAAGGACUUCCGUCAAAGCAUUGUGAAGGUCCAACAAUAUUCACAAUUUCAGUACCAAACAAUGAUGCGGAAACUGCAAUCGCAGACACUGCUGCAGCUCCAGAAAAGCAUAGUAUUUUAACGGAACAAAAAAUUGAAGACGCAGGUGUUUUAUCUGCUGAGGCAUGUGCAUCCGUAUUACCAAGCAACGAAGCCGAAGUUGCAAUCCUUGACUCAUUUCAGGCAUUCUCAAAGCGUGCGCCGCCAAAACCAUGUGUAACUGCAUCAAUAGCCACAAUUGCACUACCAACCAACGAACGCGAUAUUCCAAUCCCCGUCACUGUUGCAGCUCCACAAGAGCAAGAUAUUUUAACGGAAGAAAAAAUUGAUGACGCUGGUGUUCUAUCUGCUGAACCAUUUGCAUCCAUAUCAUUACCAAACGACGAUGCCGAAGUUGCAAUCUUUGACAAUGCUACACCUCCGAAGGAGCUAUGUACUUUAACAGAACAAAACAUUGAUGACGCCCCUGUCUUAUACGCUGUUGCACCAAACAAAGAUGCCGAAGUUGCAAUCCCCGACACUCUUGUAGCUUCAGAGGAGCAAAGCAUUUCACAAAAACAAACUGAAGACGAACCUGUAGUAUAUGUAGUUCUUUUACUAAAUAAUUCUGCCGAAGAAGCGCCUUCGAACUCCGAAGAAGCUACCCCUGAAUCAAAUGUUUCAACUGAGCCGCCGACAAAAGCAGAUAAAAAUCACACAGAACCCAUAUAUAUUGCUAGUAAUGGUGUGCCUGAUCCGGUUAUGGAUACACAAAUUACUAAUAUGGCAAGAGCAGCGGAUUUUAAAAAACCUAAAUCCAAAGCUACGAAAAAAGUUCAAACUCCCCGUCCAAAGCCUACGGCGAAGAGGCCACGAAAAUGCAAGAAUUCUGUCGAUGGGCAAAACCAGUCAGAAACACCUUCUAAAACCCGAUCUUCACCGAAACCUUCGUCAGCAGCUCGCUCAGAUAUUUCAGGUGUUGAUAUCGCCGAAACUGAAACUAAUGAAUCUUCGAGUAAAGGCAAGCGCAAGAAGUCUUCAGUUCCGACUGCAUCUAAUUCAGAGACUCACAAGCUACGUUAUGCCUGCAACCUGUGUCCAAAAUCAUAUAGCAAGGGGCUGCGUUUGGCUGAGCAUAAGCGUUUGCAUACUGGAGAAAAACCGUUUAGUUGCGAUGAAUGCGGCCGAUGCUUCCGUAUUAAGAGACGCCUCGUCGAGCAUAAAAUGCGGCAUCUAACAGUGAAGGCGUACAAAUGCGAAACAUGUGGUUUGCCAGUAGCUACCAAACAGGACCUCAAUCUUCAUCAACGCCAUCACUCCAACGACCGUCGCUACACUUGUUCCGAAUGUUCGAAAGCCUUUGUGCGCAGCUCUGAUUUGAAAAUACAUAAACGAGUACACACUGGCGAGAAGCCUUUCGUAUGCGAUAUUUGUCAAAAAACAUUUCGGGCAAACCAGAAUCUCCAUGUGCAUCGCCGUUGCCAUAAUGGCGAGAAGAAUUAUAAAUGUGAUUACUGCGAUAAACGCUUUACGCGCAAUAUCGAUCGUAAGGUACAUCAUCGUACUCAUACAGGCGAAAGACCAUACAAAUGUGAAAUUUGUGGCCGUAGUUACUCUUCCCGCGCUCAUGUGCGUACGCAUAUAAUCAGGGAACACGGUGAGAGUUCAGAACAACAGAAUACAGGUGGAGACGAAAAAAAAGAGCGCAAGCGUACAGCUAAAUCGGCACCUCAAAAUGCAACUGUACAGAAGCAAGAAUUAAUGGACGAAUUACAAGAGCAACUAUUACAGUGCUUGAAAACAGAUGACUUAGAAGAAGAUGCAGUGCUGACAACAAAGAAUGAAAAGCCAGCUGAAAUCAAUAAACAGAAACGUCAAAAAUCAACACCAAGAUCUUCGCCAGCUCUAAAGAAAGGAGGGAAUGUUCAUGUAACAACUGUUUCUCCGCAACCAGCACAACACUCUCAAUCGUUGGGUGUGCAACAGGUAUCCGUAACUGUCUCAAUGCAAGUGCAGAAAGAUGUUAGCAUGGCUGCUGCUAACGAACCCAUGCCCCAGAAAGAGAAUGCUGAUACCGUGGUGGGUGGAGUCUCAGCACCACUCAAGAAAAACGCAAAGGGCGAGCGCAAAUUAACGAGCUUUUUUACUGUGUUGGGACAAAAAACAGAAAUUUAAAGACUUGCACAUUUCAAAUGGAAAAAAGCAGCAUAUUUUACAAUUUAUAGAUUAACGUAGUAAUAAAAGGUACACGUACUAUCUAAGGCAAAGUUAGACAUAUAAAAAUUCUCAAUGUAUGUAUUUUACAUCUAAAAAAGGUAUAAAUAAUAUAGAAGGCACUGCUCCAACAAAAAUGCAUACAUAUAUGUAUGUAUAUGUAGCACUGUCAAAAACACAAAAAUAAAUCAUCCAAAAAGACCUCGCUGUUUAAAACUCGUUUACUAAAUUUUUAAGACGUUGAGCCUGUUGUUAAACACAUACGAAAAUUUAAUAAAAAAUAAUACAUUUUCUCUUUUACUUGGUAAUCCAGCUAUGUACAUGCUUCAUUACCCUUAACUACUUAUUUGCUGAUAUUACAUAAUUUUGCUUCAGUGCCAACUAUAUUCCAUGAACAAAAUAUAAAACAAUUAUUUUCUAUUCAAAUUAUCUAACAUAGCAACUCCCUUUUAAGUUAUUGAAAACAAAAAAGUCAACGUGUGUUAUUGCACACUGAUAGCACACUUACAAUACAUACCAUUUAUGUUAUACUCAUUGAAAUAAACGGAUAUUCCUAAGUUUGUCUUAAUUUUAGCGUAUUUUGUAAUUAUGAACUGAUGUAGUCCUGCACGGUUUGAUUGUAAUUACAUAUUUAGUUUUAAUAUUUUUUAUAGACUUUGAAGAAAACGCUCAAUUUAUGGAUUUAUUUGCUUAAAAACUUGUGGACAUAAUGAUAUCAUUAUUUUCUUUACACACAGGAUUAAAGUUUAUCGAAGAGAAAUCAUAAAUUAAAUACUUAAAAGACAAAACAAUUGCAAAAACACACAUGACGUGAUGUCAAUUACUGCCAGUUGCGUGUGUGCUUAUGUAUGUAUGUUGGUAUAUGCUUGGGAGUUGUGAAUUCUCAGAGGCUUACCCUCAGUAACAACAGAAAUAUGCACAUUUCUGGCUGAGCGCUUGGCGUGUGUUUGUAGCGCCUUGAUGACGGAGUUUGGUCAUUUUCUGUACUUAAAAAGGAAAGCUUCACUUCAACACUCUUCAUUUGCAAACGUACAUACAUGCAUGCAGAUGUGUGUGUUUGUAAGUUAAGGAACAUUCGUUUUUCGCACUUGGAAGGGUGUAUGAAGAAGCAAUUAAGCUUUUAAUUUAGUUAUGUACUCUCUUUCAUUAAAAACAUUCAUACAUUUAUUAUUCAAUUAAUUAAAAACUUAAUAAAACCGUAUAAUUUGCAUAACUAA